AUGCUCCCCAUCUUGAAGCCAGAGUAUGCAGUCGACAAGAUCAUGUCAGGGGUGCUGACCGAUCAGGAGAUGGUGUUCAUUCCAGGAUAUGCUUCACUCUUCCUACUGUUGAAAGCGAUCUUACCUACUCAUGGGCUAUUCAAACUUCUUGAAAUAUUCGGGGCUGGUGACACCAUGAAGGAAUUCACUGGCAGGACCAAGAAGGAGCUGUGAUACCCAUUUAUUCUUCCCUUUCC